UGGUCCCGCCCCUCCAGGCCAGGGAUGUUCCCUGCAACCCCGCGCCAAUGGUCCUGACGCUGCUCCUCUCUGCCUACAAGCUGUGCCGAUUCUUCGCCAUGUCAGGCCCACCGCCAGGCGCCGACCGGCUAGCGGUGCCGGGGCCAGACGGGGGCGACGGGGUGGGCGCGUGGUGGGCCGCUGGCGGCCGCGGGACCCACAAGGGCCUGGCCGAGGUCUUUCAUCUGGUAGAGGAGGCCUGGCUGCUGCCGGCCGUGGGCCGAGAGGUAGCCCAGGGUCUGUGCGACGCCAUCCGCCUGGACGGCGGCCUCGACCUGCUGCUGCGGCUGCUGCAGGCGACGGAGCUGGAGACUCGAGUGCAGGCUGCGCGCCUGCUGGAGCAGAUCCUGGUGGCUGAGAAUCGGGACCGGGUGGCGCGCAUCGGGCUGGGCGUCAUCCUGAACCUGGCAAAGGAACGCGAGCCGGUGGAGCUGGCUCGGAGCGUGGCAGGCAUCUUGGAGCACAUGUUCAAGCACUCGGAGGAGACGUGCCAGCGGCUGGUGGCGGCCGGCGGCUUGGACGCGGUGCUGUACUGGUGCCGCCUCACGGACCCGGCGCUGCUGCGCCACUGCGCGCUGGCGCUGGGCAACUGCGCGCUGCACGGGGGCCAGGCGGCGCAGCGCCGCAUGGUGGAGAAGCGCGCGGCCGAGUGGCUCUUCCCGCUCGCCUUCUCCAAAGAGGACGAGCUGCUGCGGCUGCACGCCUGCCUCGCCGUGGCGGUGCUGGCCACCAACAAGGAGGUGGAGCGCGAGGUGGAGCGCUCCGGCACGCUGGCGCUCGUGGAGCCGCUCGUGGCCUCCCUGGACCCCGUCCAAUUCGCCCGCUGCCUGCUGGACGCCAGCGACACGAGCCAGGGCCGCGGGCCCGACGACCUGCAGCGCCUAGUGCCCCUGCUUGACUCCUCACGUUUGGAGGCACAGUGCAUCGGGGCUUUCUAUCUGUGUGCUGAAGCUGCCAUCAAGAGUCUGCAGGGCAAGACCAAGGUAUUCAGCGACAUCGGUGCCAUCCAGAGCCUGAAACGCCUCGUUUCCUACUCCACCAAUGGCACCACGUCGAUGCUGGCCAAGCGCGCGCUGCGCCUGCUGCGCGAGGAGGUGCCCAGGCCCAUCCUGCCCUGCGUGCCCAGCUGGAAGGAGGCCGAGGUCCAGACGUGGCUGCAGCAGAUCGGCUUCUCCCAGUUCUGCGAACGGUUCCGGCAGCAGGUAGACGGCGACCUGCUUCUGCGGCUCACGGAUGAAGAACUGCAGACCGACCUGGGCAUGACGUCGGGCAUCACCCGCAAGAGGUUCUUUAGGGAGCUCAGGGAGCUCAAGACCUUCGCCAACUACGCUACGUGCGACCGCAGCAACCUGGCCGACUGGCUGGGCAACCUGGACCCGCGCUUCCGGCAGUACACGUACGGCCUGGUCAGCUGCGGCCUGGACCGCUCCCUGCUGCACCGCGUGUCGGAGCAGCAGCUCCUGGACGACUGCGGCAUCCGCCUGGGCGUGCACCGCGCGCGCAUCCUCACGGCCGCCAGAGAAAUGCUACACUCCCCGCUGCCCUGCACUGGCUGCAAGCCGAGUGGGGACAUUCCUGAUGUCUUCAUCAGCUAUCGCCGGAACUCAGGCUCCCAGCUGGCCAGCCUCCUGAAGGUGCACCUGCAGCUGCAUGGCUUCAGUGUCUUCAUUGAUGUGGAGAAACUGGAAGCAGGCAAGUUUGAGGACAAGCUCAUCCAGAGCGUCAUGGAUGCCCGCAACUUUGUGCUGGUGCUGUCGGCCGGGGCACUGGACAAGUGCAUGCAGGACCACGACUGCAAGGACUGGGUGCACAAGGAGAUUGUGACUGCUUUGAGCUGCGGUAAAAACAUUGUGCCCAUCAUUGAUGGCUUCGAGUGGCCAGAGCCCCAGGCCCUGCCUGAGGACAUGCAGGCCGUGCUCACCUUCAACGGCAUCAAGUGGUGCCAUGAGUACCAAGAGGCCACCAUUGAGAAGAUCAUCCGCUUCCUGCAGGGCCGCACCUCCCAGGACUCGUCUGCAGGCUCCGAUACCAGUUUGGAGGGUGCUGCACCCAUGGGCCCGACUUAACCAGUCCCUAGUUUCCAAGUCCUGCUGUAACCCCCAUUUCCAUUAUCUCCCUGGAAGGAGCAGCUCCUCACGCCGGCCUCCCUGAGCUGAGACAGCCUAGGCCCUACUCAGGAAAUGGCUCUCCCUCUCCCAGACCCUCAUGGGCCACCUCCAGCCCAGCUUCCUCAGUAUCCGGAAAGGGAAGGGAAGCUAGGCAUCAGGGGUGGUAAGGGUUAGGCCACCCUUAGGCCCUGCCACCAGGUUCUCUGUCUCAGGUUCAUUGAUCAAUUCUGGAGACACUGAAGAGCGAGGGUUUGCUACACACAACCCCCUCUCCCUGACAUUCCCCUGCUUGAGUAGGGGAAGUCAGGCAGCCUCUGACAGGAAUUAAGGCAAUGCCCAGCCCUCCCAGCCAAGCAUGCCCCUGGGCCUGGGAACCGGAGGGGAUGAGAGCCCACUGGUGGCUCUCCACCUACACUGUGCCGGUCCCUGGCUCACUGCUUCCUGCUGCCCUGUGGCCUUGCCCUGUUAUCACUCAGUGCCCUUAGCUGGCCUGGCCUGGUCCCAAGCCCCCUCUCACCCUCCCUGAGGUACAGUCUCUUUUGCCACAUCUGGGGUCAUGGCUGGGCUGAGGCGGCCCCCACUCUGGCUGGUUUGCAGCUGCAGCUGGGUCUGAAGCACUCACAGGUGUGUGGGCGCUCCCUGCUUGGGCCUGGGCAGGGAAGGCCAUGUCUCAAAGGGCUGCUAGCCACCCUCCCACACCUUGGUGCUGGGCCUCAGGCCCCUGCCCCACCUGGCGCAUCUGGCUUCCCAGUUCCUCCUAGCAGUAGCCCCUUGGGAAGAGGCAAUGUCCUGACACUUGCUACCUAAAGUGUUAUUCUUGACAGCCAGCACUGGCUCACCAGCAGAUGCUGGUCAGGUUACUCUUAACCAGGAAAUCAAAGGUAUCAAUCCAGGCUUGGGACUUCUUCCUUCCACUCCCCUCCCUGCCAAAGAUACUGUUGAGCUGGCCCUAGCCCCAACUCUGGCAAUACAUUUAAAUCACCUGGAGUUUUGUUAAAAUUCCAUUCAGGAGACCUGGGCCUCAACUUCCAUAUUUCUGAUUCCCAGGUGAGCCAAUGCUGGCUGUCAAGAAUGACACUUUAAGUUGCAAGGCUCUGAAAUACAAGUCCCUCACACACCUUCAGCAUUUCCCAGCACCCCACCCCAUGGACUCCACAAUCAUCAGAGCAACCCUACCUAGUAUUAUCUCCAUUUUACAGAGGAAUCGAAUGAUGUGCUGUUUUCCAAAUCAUGAGUGGCAGCCCAGGACCCAGACCUGGCCUCCUGGUGCUCAGCCCACUGCUGGUGGGACUGCUCUCUUGAGAGUCAUCCUGGAGGCUGCGACCUGGGCUGGGCUGCUGCCCCACAGACAGCUGGCUUCUUCCUUUCCCCAAAGAAUAUAGAAGUGGGGAUAGGUUUUUGACCCAGGGGCUAUACAAAAAUAAAUGAGCAGGAACACCCCUCUGCCCCCCUUCCUCCAGGAGGGUAGGGAGGCUCCAGCUAACCAGCCUGUCUCUUCCCUAAAAGUAGUGUGUUCACACCUCAAAGCUGGCUCCGCUCCCAGAGUGCCUCCUGCAAGUGCUGGUCAGGUCACUCUUAACCAGGAAGUCAAAGGUAUCAAUCCAGGCUUGGGACUUCUUCCUUCCACGCCCCUCCCUGCCGAAGAUACUGUUGAGCGGGCCCUAGCCCCAACUCUGGCUUAGACUGCACUUCCUCCUUCACGCCACUAGAGGGCCCACCACUGCCAGGUCCUGGAUAUGACGGUAGCUAAGGCAGACUCCACGCUGCCCUCACAGACCAGAGACAAUACAGUGUGGUGAAUAUCCUCCAGGGGAAGCUUUCUGUCUUUUUGUCCCCAACCUCACUCCCUCCUGAGGUCCCCCAAGAACAGUAUUCAGAGAGAUUUCCCAGCCCUGCUUCUUCUGUUUGGUACACCCUCCACUGCUUCCCCUUCUCUCUGGGGAAUCAGAGCUUAG